CCUGGCAACCUGUCGUCCUUGCAAACGGCACGGCACCUUGCCAUGUUGCUGGGCCGCAGCAAAGGCUGCGUGGCAGUUUGGGCCCAGGCGUUGUGCCUCAUCUUCGUCCUCCGACUCUGGGGCCUAGGCUUCUCCUCAGCCCGUGUGAGUCCUGACUUCAAGCUGCGCACGCCGAGACGGGCAGAAACAGCGAAAUCAGAGCCAACUGUGGCGGAUGUAGGCCCCGGGCUGACGGAGGAUGAUGUGAAGCUCUUGCUGGAGGCGGCAGCCCGGGGCGACGCAGAGUCGCAGAGCCUUAUCGGCCGGAUGUGCUUGGAAGGCAACCUUGCCGACCCAGAUCCCGAGCAGGCAGCGGACUGGUUCCUCAAGGCGGCAGAGCAGGGGGACAAGGACGGGCAGUACAAUCUUGGCAUGCUGCUGCUCACCGGCAACGGUGUCCCUCAAGACAUGCAGGAGGGCUCCCGGUGGCUGGAGAAGGCUGCAGAUCAAGGAGUGCCCUUGGCGCAGUACUUUUUUGCAGCAACGAACCUGCAAGAAGGGUUUCCAGGUGAUGGCGACAAGGCGCUGAAAUACAUGAAGAAAGCCGCGGACAAUGGUGUGGCCGAUGCCCAGUAUGCUCUUGGCAUGAUCAAGCUUCAGACGCAAGACUUGACAUGGGCUGCGCACUGGCUGAACCAGGCUGCACAGCAGGGCGACAGCCGCGCACAGUAUCAGAUUGCCAGGAUGUUCCUCUAUGGAGCGGGACUGGAGCAAGAUGAGUCAACUGCAGCGGAGUGGGCAUCUGCGGCGGCUAAUAGUGGCCUGAAGGAUGCACAGUACCUCAUGGGCACGAUGCUUCUAGCGGGCCAAGGUGUUGAUCAGAACAUGGAGUGGGCGGCUCACUGGUUCGAACAGGCGGCCUUGCAAGGCCACGUGGAUGCUCAGUACAACUUGGGCUUGAUGUUGGAGGCCGGCGAUGGAGUACCAGAGGACAAAGAAAAGGCAGCUUAUUGGCUUGAGAAGGCUGCUUCUCAAGGGGACGAUGAAGCCGCCAGGACCAGCGAAGAAGUGCGAGAGGGAAAGGCCCCAGCUUCAAGUGAGGCUUAGGCCGGGAGCAUUUGAAGCCAAGUCUCACCUGCCACGUGUGCUGGCAAUGAAGAAGCCUUAUUCUCC